AUAACAGUGUAUGUCCGUCGAAAUGAAGAUUGUUCGAGGAACCGAGCGUUACCGUGCGCGACUGGCGCAGUGCACAGCUGAUCGCAACGGCCAGCGAACGACCGACUUCAGUCUUCGGCUAGGCCGUCGCCGUCUCGUCUAGUCUCUCCGCGAGUAGUUCUCGCGCGAGGCGCGUUCAGCUUGUUUUUCUCACGGUUUUUAAUAGGCUUGUUGUACGUGUGUAUAGAAGACAACAGAGCAGCGACUCAACGAGUACACUAUAAGUAGUGCUGCAGUCGCGUGCGGCUGAGCCUUCGUACUUCUUUCGACACACACGGGCACAUAUUGGCUCCUCGGAUUGCAUCGCGAACAAUUCGAUGGGUGCCGUUCGCAGGUAGUUGCGGCUAGGAGGAUGGGGGCCCACGAUGGGAGAGUGCCACUGCUCUAAAAUCGCCAUCAUGCAGCUCUUCCACGAGCUGAAGCAGCAGUUCCCUGCGCUCCCCGAUCACGUCGUCUAUCAGUGCAUUGCCCAGAACAGCUACGACAGGGAGUCAUGCGCGCGGAGUCUGCGAGCCAGCCAGAAGUCGCGACCUCCGCCAGGAGCCUUUCCACCGCCACCGCCUCAGCCGGACUUGCAGCCAGCAGACCUGCCCUCGCUGCCGUUGAGUUUCGCCCUCAUGAGUCGACGCUCCUCUGCCGAGGACCAGCCGGUCCAGGAGUUCUCGCAGCUGCGCUGGUUGCCGGCGGAGCUCACGCCCGCGCCUCGACACAGAGCCCAGAGACCCGCUUCGCUGGACAUAGGCGGAGAGAGGGCCGCGAUGCUGAAAUCGGAGGCCUCCUCGGCGCCGGCCUCCUGCGUCGGAACGGGAAGCUUCUUCGAAGAGGCUGCCGCUGCCGCUGCUGCCAAGGGAAAGCCCAGCUUCGAGCUCAGCGUUAACGUGACCAGGAAUCCGGCUGGGAACCCGGGUCUCACGGCUCCAAGCUCGCUCUCGGAACCGCUGAUUCUCUCCGAGCUGCCGCCUCACGAGACGGUGUCCCCCGACGAGGAGGAAUCACCAGCAGCCUUCUAUCAGCAGCAGCAAACCCUGCUACUGACCGAUCCCUCAAGCCCUCCGCCGACGUCGACGGCGAGUCCACCAUCGACGCGAAGCUUCACCUCGGUGAGCCUAACGCUGCGGCAGCCCUCAUCCGAACCUCAGGCGCCGAUCGACAUAAGCUCUCAGGGCGGCUCGAGUUUGACGUACUCGAGCUCGUCGCUCGACCCUCGAGGCUUUCAGAGCCGCCUCCAGAUAAGCAUAGGUCACGGCAGCACCGGGGCUACCUCCGCUAGGAUCAGGCCGCCCCCCGUACCGCAGAGGCCCAACAGCCUCGCCACUGGCGCGGCCCACAAUUCGUCCAGACCACCGGGACUGCCGAUGGGUCCGCCGAGUCAGCUGCCACGGCCGACGACGACGAUGAGCGCUCCGACGACGCCGUCGGGUCUCCCCGUGCACAGCAUCGCCUCGGCCGUACCGAGCAGUCUGCCAACGACGCCGUCCGUUGCUCUGUCCACGAAUUUCAGGCCUACGACAUCGGGAUCACCUACGGUGGUAACGACGAUCGAGCCGACCACGUCCGUGGCUAGUUCUAGGCCCCAGCCGUCGAGGAGCCUCGGAGCGAUUCCGCGGGUACCAAAAACUACUAGUUCCGCAAGUGUUCGGAAGGAGACGCAAGACGACGACGAUAUACCUCCGGAGUUCCAAGCUAUCUUGGACCAAGUUGAAGAUAAAUUCAAACCGCUGGUGUUGGAUCAAUUAAUCAGAAAGGAAAGAAUGACCAAAGCUCUGGCUGCAGAAAAGGAGAAACUGGAAAGCAUAAAAAAGGAAAUCAAUAAUUUAACGAGGCUUCACGAAACCGAAGAGUCGCCGAAGCAAAUCGAACGACAAUUGCGAAGCGAAAUAUAUCAGUUGCAGUUAGAAUGUGAUAAACUAGCCGAGGAGGUCGAUCGAAGUUCGGCGGAUCCAAGAGUACCGCUCGGAGAAACGGACGAGGAGUUUUACCAAAGUAUUUACACUGGCCAGGAGUUUGUUCCCCUGCCGUCGAGCAAUUCAGUGCCGCCUCCUUUGCCUAGUCAACGACCCGCCUGGGAACCAAUCCCCAGGCGAAUCGCCGAGCCGAGGGUAGAGGACGAGGAGGCCGACGGUCCUGCCUGGAUCUGCGUCAGGUGUACUUUCGGCAAUCACCCACUGAUGAGCAUAUGCGAGGAAUGCAACUUGCCGAGGGUCGUCGAGGGCGCUCAAGGCGAAACUCAAGACAUCCAUAUACGAGUUACACGUCACCAUAAUUUUUCACCACGACGAACAGUCCAUAAUUGGGUGGUGUAACAUGAACUGAAUUUAUUAAGCUAAUUUAUGUAUAUAUAACAUGAUUUCUUUUUUAAUUCAAACGAUUUUUAAAUACUUUGAAAUGACUGACCUGAAUAUAUGUGUAUACUGUAAUUAAAUUUUUUAUUUUCAAUUAAAAUAUAGGUGAUGAGAUUAGAAAUGAAAAACUAUAAAAAAAGAUAUGUGACUUUGUAUUUAGUUUUUAAAAGACAGUUUUUAUAUUUUAAUCCACGAAAUAAAAUAAUUAAAUUAU